AAACCGACAGCCGAGGCGACCGCACGUCGCUUCAACCGCGCCACAAAAAAAACUUUUACGUACCAAAAAAUAAAUCGGACAACUAAUUUUGAAUAAAAAACGUUUAUUUCUUAAACAAUUUUCGUGUUUUUAACAAAGUUUUUCUUAAAAAAUCGUGUGGAAUUGUGUUUUUUUGAGUUGGCGAGGCGAAGUAGAAAGUUGCAUUGACAGGAAUCUUGAGUGCUCAUGUGUUCAGUUUAGUUCUGUGUCUGUUUAAAGUAAGGAAGUUUCGACGUUUUGAUUGCACGAACACCGUUCCUCAUUUUAAUAAGAUUAACUGUGAGCUGCUAGAGUAUUUAGAGAUUCAAGCUCUAAAGUGGAGAGGUCACUUAAUUCGUGUCUGUUUAUAAGAUGUGACUAAACCCACGAUGGCAGCCACAGACGGCCAAGUAGUGGCCGCAGCGUCACGCUGGUGCGACGAGGGCAGCUACCUCCGAGAGUUCGCCAUCAAAAACCGACUCCCAAGCGUCGCGAAAAUCAUUAAAGGACAAUAUGGAGGUCUUGGAGUCCCCACGCUACCAAGCCCCGGGCUACAAAGCACAGCACUCCUUGUAUCUGCAGGAAAGAGAAAGAAAAUCAUCGCUCAAGCUAUCAAACUUAAAGAAGGAAGACGGAUGGUCAGUGUCGGACCUAGGAUAGCUAUCCCCGAAACUUAUAAAGGGUACUUUGAACUGUUAAGCGAAGAAGGCCGGGCUGUAAGGUGCAUUGAAUCAGUGUCAGAACUGGCUAGAAGGAAGCUUGAUGACGGAUGCCUUGUUAGAGAGCCAGUUAGAGUUAUUUGUGCUAAGACAGACUUAGAUGGUAAUGUCACUGCUGAUGGAGCCAGGAAUCUGCCUGCUGGAGAAGUUAUCAUGCCAAGAGGAGAAACUUUCUUAGGCAAGAACAAGUAUUUGAAAUGCACUGAUGCUAAAGGCGAUAUGGUUUUGUUAAGUUUGGAUCAAAGGGGGAAAUUUUCAGCAGUCGCUAAAGAGGAGAAUAUAAGUGGUGUGCAUACAGCUAAGACUUUACUGACAAAACGUCUGCCUAUAACUGUGAGGCUAGUACAUGGUACUCCGCCGAGAGGUCUUAAGAGUGCCAGCCAUUUUGCUCCAGAAUUAAGACUGCUGUCAAUGUAUGAAGAAGAACAUGUUUUUGCUCUUCCCCUUCCAAAAGAAGGCAAUGCAUUAGUAGCCCUACCUUUGGCAGCACCAUUAAAAAUGCAAAGAUGCAAAAAUGAGGAACAAAUAAAGAACUUCAUGGAGUUCUCUAGAUUAGUGGAAAAGUGCAAUCGUUUGUUAGUAGAUGUUGUAGACAGAAUACACGUAUUAGACGGAAAGUUAGGAGACCCGAAGAGGCUUUUGAAUGGGCCCCUACAUGCACCGCCGUUAGUCAAAACUGGAUAUUUCCUUCGGCGCAGUGCCUCUUCUGACACGGCGAACCAACAUAAACACAUGUCACGCCACAACCACAUUUACAGCAGUCAUCGAGACGAGAACAGUAUCCCAGAUGAGUACGAUGAGAUAGACCAAAUUUAUGACUACGUCAGGGGCUUCGCUCCACUUCCUAAAAACAUUAAAGCUUCAUAUUCAAACGAGCCAACUCCACGACACGAGUCUGCACCAUCAUCGCCGGCUGCCACUCCUAUCCACAUGCCUCUAAUCACAGAAAUAAAGCCAGAACCACCGCCAAUAGAAACCAUACCAACAAAGAAGCCAUUAAACAUCCAAAAAGCUGAAAAGAGAACUAGAAAAGCACCUACACCAAUUAAGGAAACCCCAGUUACUGUAUACAAGGAGAAAUGUUCCAUAGCACCGGCGCCUAACCUGCCUAAACUAUACAUCAAAAAUAGUGUGAACAACAAUAAGAAUAGGAUGGUAUUCCGUCAAAAAAGUACUUCGCCGACUAAAGAGGCCCCUAGUCCCGUCGCUAGUCCUAUACGACCAAUAAAAGGUGACUCUCCAAUUUUCAAUAUAAGAUAUAAGAGCUUAUCGAACAUCCAUCAGGCUAUGGAAUUAGAUGGUACUUUAGACUCAAGUCAUUCUGGAGGGAGGACGUCGGGCGAUUCUGGGAAUGGUCCUAAACUCCCAGAGAAGAGAUCUAGGAAGUUAAGCAGACCGAAGUCACUGACGAACCUGGUUUGGGAGCUCAAGGGGUGCCCAGAUCCAGAUAAACCUAAAACUAGAGUUAAGAAUGAAGGCUACAAGAAGAUUGGUAACAAAUUGUCUUUGGGAGCUCAGAAGAGGGUGCCGACGUUGUAUCUUUAAAAUUUUGGUCCGCGUUGUCUAAACGACAGGCGUGUGCGACCAAAGUUUUGUGACAAACGAACAAACAGUACGACUACGACAACAUUAAACCGUUACAUUUUGAAUUCACGUCACACUUCGGCGAACUUCGGCAAACUUCGGCAACGAUCGGCCACGAGACAGAGAUAGAAUGACGAAGAGCGAGACAACGACAUUUUGGACAACAAAACGAAUAUUACGCAAUUAUUAUGUUUUCAAAGAUACGAUUUUUAAAAUCAACACAUAAUAUGUAUUUUUAUUAAUGUAGAAAGAAAUCUAUUAUUGAAAAAUGAAUCAUAAUUAGGACUAAUUAAGGCCUAUUUUCAAAUUAGCAUGUCAUAUGCCUAAAUUACCGUUGUAAUUAUUUAUGUAUCUAUGCAUAUUAAUAAACAAAUUAAAAUACUUGAUUUGCAUAACUUGUAAAAUUUGUAAAACGAAGAACCGAAGUGUAAAUUAGGCAUUAAAAAUUGUAAUUUUGUGUUACAUAACAUUUCUUUUUAUAUUAAUUCGUUGAAAAGAAACUACUUAAAAAUAUUUGGAAAAAAAAAACAUAUUAUAUCAUGCAAUAAUUUUGAAAAAUUGAUAAUAUAAAAAGAAAUGUUACUCAUGUGUGAAAAUGUAAGAGAAAUUAAUAAUUUUUAUAACGAAAAAGAACUUAAUUUUGAUCUCUUAAUGAAUAAUUAUUUAUGAAUGUAAUGCCAUAUUAAAGUAUAAUACUUCAUUGGUGUUCGUUAUUAGAUUAUAAGUGGGUCUUUCAUCAUAAACUAUUUUUUACUUCAACUUAGGAACUGCUAAGGUUAAUUUUAUCCAUGAAAAACAUGGAUGAAUUAACAACUGCGUAUAUAAAUACCGUUUUACAUCAAUGCUAAAAUAUUAACUAUCUUUACAUUACCAUCUAACAAUGAAAAAAAAUAGUCAAGUCUAAAAACUAUACUUCUAAAGACAGUCAACGCCAUCUAGUAGUGAAAUACAGAACUAAACCACGAAGAUGGCGGACUACGUAAUGCUAGGGGAAAAUUAAUGUCAACUGAAAUAAAAUAGAUGAAAGAUCCAACACACGGCUCAUGAUAUUCUUAAACAUAGGUUAAGUAUUAGUAAUCGUUUUUGGACGUUUAUUAACGUCUGUUUCUGAAUAACAGCUGUAAUAACAAUGUCAAAAUGGCUGCAAUCAAUCUUGAUGUUUUUCUGCAGAUUUCAAUAACCGAUCUCUGCGUUGUUUUGAGCUUCGUAUAAAUUUUGUCGAAUUACAGUCUCCAAUCGCAAUACAACGGGUAGGUACUUAGAUCAGUUAUUGAAAUCCGGAGUAAAAAUAAUAAUACGAUGCUCGCGUGUCGGAUACUUCUAGUUAGAAAUCAGUUUACAAAUUAAACUAUGAAUCAAAAUCAUGAGCCUAUUAUAUUAAUUAGAUAAAGAUUUCUCUACUACAUUGUAACGUUUUAAAAAUUCCUUCCGUCGAUGCAAACCAAAAAUGCGAGGUGCCUUAAAAAUGCUUUUUUCGAAAAAAUAUCUUUGUAAUGUUAAUGUCUUAGUAUUAAGGGAAAUAGUCACAAAUAUCUUCGAUUUUUUAGGUUUUUUUUUAGUAAUUAAGUACCUACCGGUUAUGCAAUUCUUGAUAUGCAUUUAUUCAAUUUUUUUAUAUUUUUUUUACAGUCAUAGUUUCUCUUAGUGCACGGUUCUUUUGCGUUUUAAAUAAUGUUAUGCCAUACCUCAAUUUUAAGAAAAGUGCCUAUUAAUUUGGGCAAUAUUUAAAAAUAUUUAUAAUCUGUUUGUAUACUGCCAUUACAAUAUAUAUGAAACUUUUUUAAAAAUAAAAUAUAAUACUUUUAAGCAAGAUGCCUUGCCACGGGUUUUAUAAAGUAAAACUCAAAUAUAACAAUAGCCACAAUCACAAUUAAAUAAUAAGGUAGCCUUUGUAGUUGUUCUUUUUCAAAAAAAUAAUAUAGCAUUAUUUAAAACGCAAAUGACAUCCUUUUAAUUAACAUGCUGAAGUUUUGUUUUUAUUUUCAUUUCUAUAGUACCUACCUACAUUAAAAAAAAAUAACGUAAAAUUACAUUUUCUAAAAAAAGAUUGAUUUGAUUGAUUGUCUUAUAAAAUCAAUUCCUGAGAAGUAUGUAUAAUAUUAGACAAAAAAAAUAUUCAAGCACCACUGUCAUGACGGCAAUUUUUAUUCUCUCUAAAAUGAAAAUAAAAACAAAUCGACAGACCUUAGAUAAGUCUACAUACUCUUUAUGGAUAAAUCUCUCGGAAUUUCAAAAUCGAUUUUGAUAUUUCGAUACGAUUUAUCGAUUAUGAAUUUUGUAUUCCAAAUAUUGUUCUCGAUAGUAAGCUAGGCCACCACUUAAUGAUUCCUAGGGUAUAUUUUAUUAUCUUUAGAAUAAGUUUUCAUUCAGUGUUAUUGUAAUAUCAAUCGAUAUUGUAAUACUUUACGAUAAAUAAAUGAAAUGAUAUUGAA